UGUCUCUCUCUCUUAAAAGAAAAAAAUUUUAUUCAAAAAGUGAUUUAUGAGAGAAUGUGAACAAAACAUUCCCAUGGAUAAACAUGUAUGUUCUAAGUGAGAUGAUUACUAUAGUGACAAGUUGUUUAAUCUUGUGAAAGUUCCCUCAACUAUGUAGCUUCAAAAUAUAAAAUGUGAGGGCAGCCUAAAUCACUCCUAUAAGAUUUCAAAUCCUAUAUUUAGAUUAUCCAUAAUCCAGACUAGUUUUUAUAAUAUUGAGGUAAAGGAAAAAUCAUUAGAAUAUUUUUAUGUUUUUAUAAAAAAGAGAAUAGUUACAAGCUUAAUCUUGAAACAUUAGAAGAAAUAGCUUCUGCUUAAAUGUUACCAAAAGACAUUUUUUAUAAUCCAUGGCCUGUGAUUGUGUACACUCAACAAUAAAAGAUCAAUCUUUAACUUCAGAUCAUGUUAUUACUUGAAUGUAAGGUCCAAUAGAAAUUGGACAGAGUUGCUGAAGGGGAAUAUGUGUUUUUGGCUUUCAUAGAUUAUUCAUCAUCAUGGAUAUUUUAAGAUUUUAUAUCCUAUCCUCAAUCUUCUUUUAACUCUUUUAUUUUCUAUAGGGGAACAUACAUUCUCUGUUCAAAAGUGGGGAAAAAGGAUCAGCGAUGAAAAACCACACAGUACCCAAAGAAUUCAUUCUUCUAGGGCUAUCUGAUGACCCAGAGCUCCAGACUGUGAUUUUUCUCUUUUUAAUUAUCACAUAUACACUAAGUGUCACUGGAAAUUUGACCAUCAUCACUCUCACCUUGGUGGAUUCCCAUCUACAGACCCCUAUGUAUUUCUUCCUCAGGAACUUCUCUGUAUUAGAAAUAUCCUUUACAACUGUCUGUAUUCCUAGGUUUCUGGGCACAAUUGUCACCAGAGACAAAACAAUUUCAUACAAUAAUUGCACUGCUCAGUUGUUUUUCCUCAUCUUCAUGGGUAUAACUGAGUUUUAUCUUCUCACUGCCAUGUCCUAUGAUCGCUAUGUAGCCAUCUGUAAACCCCUACAUUAUGCAACCAUCAUGAACAAAAGAGUCUGCAUUUUACUUGUCUUUCGUGCUUGGCUGGCAGGAUUCUUAAAUAUCUUCCCACCAGUUAUUCUUUUUCUCCAGUUAGAUUACUGUGGCUCCAAUGUCAUCGAUCACUUUGCUUGUGACUAUUUUCCCCUCUUGCAGUUAUCUUGCUCAGACACAUGGCUCCUAGAAGUGAUUGGCUUUUACUCUGCAAUAGUCAUACUGCUUUUCACUUUGGCAUUAAUAAUUCUAUCCUACAUGUUCAUCAUCAGAACAAUUCUGAAACUGCCUUCCGCCAGUCAGAGAAAAAAGGCAUUUUCUACGUGUUCCUCUCACAUGAUUGUCAUUUCCAUCUCUUAUGGAAGCUGCAUAUUCAUGUAUGCCAACCCUUCCGCAAAACAGAAGGCAUCAUUGACCAAAGGAGUAGCCAUUCUGAAUACCUCUGUGGCUCCUAUGAUGAAUCCAUUUAUAUAUACCCUGAGGAACCAGCAAGUAAAGCAAGCCUUUAAGGAUACUGUCCACAAGGUUAUGUUUUUCUCCAGUAAUUGAAGGCAUUAGUAGCAUUACAAGAAUGAAGUGCUUG